GCCCCGGCGGCCUCGGAGCCACCGGCGCCCGCCCCGCCCCGCGCCGUCCCGCGCCGGCUCCGCAGCUAGCGCCUGCCCGCCAGCCGGCCCGCCCGGCGCCGGGCCAUGGCGCUGCUGCGGGACGUGUCGCUGCAGGAUCCGCGGGACCGCUUCGAGCUGCUGCAGCGCGUGGGAGCCGGGACCUAUGGCGACGUCUACAAGGCCCGCGACACGGUCACGUCCGAACUGGCCGCCGUGAAGAUAGUCAAGCUAGACCCAGGCGACGACAUCAGCUCCCUCCAGCAGGAAAUCACCAUCCUCCGGGAGUGCCGCCACCCCAAUGUGGUGGCCUACAUUGGCAGCUACCUCAGGAAUGACCGCCUGUGGAUCUGCAUGGAGUUCUGCGGAGGGGGGUCCCUGCAGGAGAUUUACCACGCCACUGGGCCCCUGGAGGAACGGCAGAUUGCCUAUGUCUGCCGAGAGGCACUGAAGGGCCUCCACCACUUGCAUUCUCAGGGGAAGAUCCACAGAGACAUCAAGGGAGCCAACCUUCUCCUCACUCUCCAGGGAGAUGUCAAGCUGGCUGACUUUGGGGUGUCAGGCGAGCUGACGGCAUCUGUGGCCAAGAGGAGGUCUUUCAUCGGGACGCCUUACUGGAUGGCUCCAGAGGUGGCUGCUGUGGAGCGCAAAGGUGGCUACAACGAGCUGUGUGACGUCUGGGCCCUGGGCAUCACCGCCAUUGAGUUGGGCGAGCUACAGCCCCCUCUGUUCCACCUGCACCCCAUGAGGGCCUUGAUGCUCAUGUCGAAGAGCAGCUUCCAGCCGCCCAAGCUGAGAGACAAGACUCGCUGGACCCAGAAUUUCCACCAUUUUCUAAAGCUGGCUUUGACCAAGAACCCCAAGAAGAGGCCAACAGCAGAGAAGCUUCUGCAGCACCCAUUCACAACCCAGCAGCUCCCUCGGGCCCUCCUCACACAGCUGUUGGACAAGGCCAGUGACCCCCAUCUGGGAGCCCCCUCCCCUGAAGACUGUGAACUGGAGACGUAUGACAUGUUUCCAGACACCAUUCACUCGCGGGGUCAGCAUGGCCCGGCCGAGAGGACCCCCUCGGAGAUCCAGUUUCACCAGGUGAAAUUUGGUGCCCCACGCAGGAAGGAGACAGACCCACUAAAUGAGCCGUGGGAGGAGGAGUGGACGCUGCUGGGGAAGGAGGAGCUGAGCGGGAGCCUGCUGCAGUCCGUCCAGGAGGCCCUGGAGGAAAGGAGCCUGACCAUGCGGCCAGCCUCGGAACUGCAGGAGCUGGACUCUCCAGACGAUUCCAUGGGAACCAUCAAGCGGGCCCCAUUCUUGGGGCCACCCCCCUCUGAGCCUGCAGCUGAGGACCCUUUAUCCAGCCCUUCAGGAACCCUGCCCCCACCUCCACAAGGCCCUGACAGCCCUCCACUGCUGCCCACCGCCUGGGCCACGUUAAAGCAGCAGGAGGAUCCUGAGAGGUCGUCCUGCCAUGGGCUGCCCCCAACCCCCAAGGUGCACAUGGGUGCUUGCUUCUCCAAAGUCUUCAAUGGCUGCCCCCUGCGGAUCCACGCUGCUGUCACCUGGAUUCACCCUGUUACUCGGGACCAGUUCCUGGUGGUGGGGGCCGAGGAAGGCAUCUAUACCCUCAACCUGCACGAACUACACGAGGACACGCUGGAGAAGCUGAUUUCACACCGCUGCUCCUGGCUCUACUGUGUGAACAAUGUGCUGCUGUCACUCUCAGGGAAAUCCACGCACAUCUGGGCCCAUGACCUGCCAGGCUUGUUUGAGCAGCGGCGACUACAGCAGCAGGUUCCCCUGUCCAUCCCCACCAACCGCCUCACCCAGCGCAUCAUCCCCAGGCGCUUUGCCCUGUCUACCAAGAUUCCCGACACCAAAGGCUGCCUGCAGUGUCGUGUGGGUAAGAGUGGGUCAAGGAGGUUGGGCAGGGGUGGCAGUGCAGGCCUGGCCCAGUGCCAACCGCUACCUCCCGCAGUGCGGAACCCCUACACAGGCAGCACCUUCCUGCUGGCCGCCCUGCCCGCCAGCCUGCUCCUGCUGCAGUGGUACGAGCCGCUGCAGAAGUUCCUGCUGCUGAAGAACUUCUCCAGCCCUCUGCCCUGCCCAGCUGGGAUGCUGGAGCCACUGGUGCUGGACGGGAAGGAGCUGCCGCAGGUGUGUGUGGGGGCCGAGGGGCCCGAGGGGCCCGGCUGUCGUGUCCUGUUCCAUGUCCUGCCCCUGGAGGCUGGCCUGACGCCUGACAUCCUCAUCCCACCUGAUGGGAUCUCAGGCUCGGCCCAGCAGGUGAUCCAGGUGGACAGGGACACGGUCCUCGUCAGUUUUGAACGCUGUGUGAGGAUAGUCAACAUGCAGGGUGAGCCCACGGCCACACUGGCGCCUGAGCUGACCUUCGACUUCCCCAUCGAGACUGUGGUGUGUCUUCAGGACAGCGUGCUGGCCUUCUGGAGCCAUGGGAUGCAAGGCCGCAGCCUGGAUACCAACGAGGUGACCCAGGAGAUCACAGAUGAGACGAGGAUCUUCAGAGUGCUCGGGGCCCACAGAGACAUCAUCCUGGAGAGCAUUCCCACCGACAACCCGGGGGCACACAGCAACCUCUACAUCCUCACGGGCCAUCAGAGCACUUACUGAGCGGCAGGCCUGGCCAGUGGCACCCCGCCCCGCCCCAUGCCUUAGUUGCAGGCCCUUUUGGGCGGAGGGGCCCCUCCCAGAUAGAGGAGCCCAGGUCCCGGCUCUGCGGGGGCUGAUGGGCAGAAAUAAUCCUGAGAAGUGUUUAGGGGCUGGGGAGGGAGGGGAACCCACCCAUGCCUCUGCAAUAACUGUACCAGGGGAAGCUGCUGUCGCCUCCCCCUCCCCAGGGGGCAACCCGGUCUCUAGUGCCCCAAGGCAGAGGGGGCCCUGGACCAUCCAUUCCACAUUUGCUUUCCACUCAUUCUGCCAAGAGCCUGCCCCAGCACUGUCCUGGGGAACAUGGUAUUUAAAAGAAAGAACUAGAUUGGUAUUAAAGCUGGUUUGCUUUACUCCUCUGGUCCCUCUGGGUGGGGGGAGCUGAGCCCACUGCCUCAACUCCCUCCUACCCUCCCUCUCUCCCUCUAGCACACCUUUCUGUGGCCACCAGGUACUGUGCAUGCACCAGGGAAGGGUGGGGCUACCAGUGUUUUGGGGAAGCCUGGUUGGGGUAACAGGCCAGUGGCCCCACCUGCCAUCUCGGCGCCACUGUUUUCCUGGGCUCCCUUGCUCAGAACUAACCCUCAGCUUUGCGGUUCAAGGCUUCUGCUAUAGUUUGCAAGCCAAGGACUCAUGCAUAUGGGGGGGGUUCUGAACAAAGGGACUCUUCAUCUCACCUGGUGGCCUGUGGAAGGGCCAGCCAAGGGUGUUCCAUCCAGCCUCAGAGAGGCUGCUGCCCAUGGAAACAGCCUGCUAUGACCUGCAACCCGGCCCAGGCCUGGGGCUGCCUUCCUGCCUCCCCCUCCUGCCUGGGUGUCAGGCCAGGAACAUUAGGUCACAGCAGGAGCAUCAAGUCAGACUGAGGGAAGAUUAGCCUGUGUCUGUAUGGCAAAUACUCCUGGAGGGCGCCUGCAGUACCAGGCCCUGGGGUCACUGCCAGGAUAGGGACCAGCCCCCAGGGAGGGGGCACUCUCCUUACUGGAGUCUGCAUGUCAAGGGUACUUCACUGACCUUGUGCUUCACAUUGUUGUUCUCCCAUCUGCCACUCAGAGAGUUCCGACCCCAGGGCCCUCCAGGGCCAGGGGUCCCCCUGUUGCCCCAGGCAUUGACCGGCUGCUCUUGGGCAGGGGCAGAUGAGGCCAAGGAGGCAGGAGGGGAGCUGCCUUGUGGGGGGGCACACAGGCAGGGCCAGGCCUGCAGGGGUCAGUAGGAAGGCCCCAGUCAGGCCUAGAGGUGGCCCCACUAUCUUCCUUCCGACAUUCAAGCCAAGUGUUUGAACAAGAGCUUCCCUGCACGUAAUGACGGCAGUAGAUACUUGCUAAAUGAAUGAGGGGAUGAGGGGGUGGAGGGUGGAUGGCCCCCUGUGUGAACAGACUCAGUGGCUCCCAUGGACGUCACAUUGUCCCCUUGUCCACCAGAGCAGGGCAGAGCUCUGCCUGCUCAGACUCCUUCCUGUGACUGGGAGGGUUUCUUGGAUGGAAUAGGGAGCCAGACCAGGGCGGGGACAGAUCUCUUGGUAUUAGCCAUUCACACCCAUGAGACCCAAAGGAGGGUGAGAGGCACCUUCCAAUUCUGGUUAGCGCCUGCCUGAAUUCUGGUUUGCAUCUGAUGGUCCACAUAUGAGAGGAUGGGGAUACAAAAUGAAUUCCUUUCCAGAUCUCUUGGAGGAAUGCUGGGGGCAGUGGGUAGGGGUUGGCGGUAAGCUCCCAUUCCUCAGAAGCCCAACAGUAGACCCCAGUGCCCUGGGGAGGGCCGGCCUGCCUGCACAGUGGCAGGCAGUAGGCAGCGCCACCUUGUGGCAGGUCUCCCAGCCCUCUGAUCCUAUCUGCAAGGGAGUUUGUGCGUCAGGGUGCAACGUGCCAAAGUGGGGGGCCUGUGAAAGCUAGGGCCUCUGAUGAAAUGUUUGCUGCCAGCAACGGCAGGCUGCGAGCCAAAGAAAGCCCAAGAGCCGGGGAAUAUGCACUGAGAAACUAAAACUUUAAAUUUUAUUUAUGUAUUUUUUAAUAAGUAGUCCUUGCUCUACUGUACAUAUUUUUUUAAAAUACAAAAGAGGUAUAUUAUAAGCUUUGGUUGUGGUUAGAAAAUACAAAUAAAUAAACAAACAAACAAAAGAGAUAUAGUAAAUUUCCCUCUUACCCGUCCCCAGCCAACUGGGUCACAGUUAUUUAUGAACCCUUCUAGAAGUUUUAUGCAUAUUUGAACAAUUUUAUUUUUUCCCCUUUUUUAUACACAUGGUAACAUUCCACAUACUGUACUGACCUUGCCUUUUUAAAAUAUAUCCUGGAGAAUACGAAUGUAUUAAAUUAUCACAUGUAUUCCCCCAAAUCUCCUGGAGAUCUUUCUAUUAUCAAUGUUCCCCUUUGUUUUCUUCAUAGCUGGUGGUGUUCCCUUGUGUUGGUUUCCCAUAACUAAUGUUAACGAACUGUCAUUAGAUCCCUACAGAUGGAAGUUUAAGUUGUUUCUACUACUUUGAUAUUACAAACAACACUGCAAUAAAUAUUCUUAUGCCAAUGCCACUCUGUGCAGAUGCAGGUGUUUCUGUGGGAUAUAUUCCUGCAAGUAGCAUUAUGGAGUCAGAGGCGGCUGCCUUUGUCAUGGCAACAGCUACUGUCAAAUUGCCCUCCAUGGGCAGAAACCUGUGGGAUGGGUCAGACCAGACACUUUAAGUCAUGUUUGUGGACAAAUAGGAGGGACAUGGACAUACCCAGGAUGUCUGGGUAACUGGCCUGCGCAUGGAGUCAUCCUGGCUGGGAUGAUCAACGGAGAGCCAUGAUGUGUGCUUCAGGACGGCAAGGGAUGUGCCACGUCCCCGUAAGAUGUAUGUCCAGCACCUGCUCACUGUCUGGCGCACAGGAGGCCCUCAUGAAUGAAGGAGACAACGUAACAUGGUGGUGAAGAGAUGGCCCUGGAGUCUGGCCCAUGGACUGGGUGAGCCACCCCAGCUUGCUGAGCUUUAUUUCCCCCAGGUGUGCCGUAUCCUAAGCCAACUGCAGGGCUGUUGGGAGGACUGGAAAUACUGUAAUAUACCUAAUGCAAUAACACAGAUGACUCUUGGAGGUAAAUUAAAACAGCAAACGGCAUAAAACUA